AUGGAAAGGGUUGGCCCCAAUUCCAGAUCGAACGUUGGAAAACCUUACGGGACAGACUUUGCAGGACAGUUCCAGUUUCUUGAAGUUUCCACGAAGAACUCUUCCUUGGGUCCCAGAAGAGAGGGCCUCUGCGAGAGAUCUUCUUGGAGACCCUUGGCUGCGAGGAGUAUGUUCCCUGGGAUAGAGCUGACAGACUCGAACGGAUAG